GAGCACCCCGCCAAAAACUAGCCGCGCGCUGCAGCGCAGGUCUCGUGAAUCGUGAUGGGAGGAGUAACGUACCAGCGGCUGCUCUCGUCGGGGAGCCAGCGACCGUCCCGCGGCGGCGGCGGCGUGCGGGCGCGGGCGCGAGCGUGGGUGCUGCUGCGGUGGGCGGCGGUGCGGCUGGGCUGCGUGGCGCGGCGGCGGUACUGGUGCGGCGGCGCCCGCGCGCGGAGGCUGGCGUGGGCGGGGCUCUGCGGGAGGGCCUCGGCCGCCGCACCGGAGAGGAGGGGAAGGAGGAGCUCGGCGGCGGCGGCGGCGGCCGGGGCCGGGGUGGUGGUGGGGUACGACUCCGCGAGCUACGCGCGCAACUUCGACGACGGGGCGUGGAAGGCCGAGGAGGGCGUGUCCUGGGCCGGCCCCGGCGGUGCGUUCCCGCCCCGCGCCAGCGACGGCGACGCUGCCGCCGCCGCCGGUGAUUCACUUCCGAGCUCUACUUGCUAACCGAUUCAUUGUUAGCGUAAAGGGAUGGGAUGCAUGCAUUUCUCAGAAUUCUAGCCGUGUUCAUCGGACUCCAAGUUUACAUUCUUCAGCUAUGCAAAUAUUCUGGGCUUACUUGCCCAGGCAAAAAAUAAAUAAAUAAAUAAAUCAAUCAAUUCUUUUACCCCUUUCCAAUUUCAA